GCUACUGCUGACGGAAGCUGUCGAGCAUCCAGAUCUUACAGCUCAAACAAGUUUCCUCUCUCUCUGUUUUCUUUUCUCUUUCUUUUUCAGGAAUUUGCGGGAACAAAACGAAAACUCAGAGACAUGAAUUGCCUGAAACAAAACCAAAAGGGAAAUCAACAAAAUUCACCAUGAAACCUCAUUACUUGACCUUAAACAUCAUCAUCAUCUUCAUCUCACUGUCACUGUCAAUUGCAGUCAACACUGCAAAAGGGGAUAAAUCUAGCGCCAGAAGAAUUCUGCACCAGCCUCUGUUUCCGGCGACCUCUGUUCCACCGCCAGCACCACCGACACCGCCGGAGACACCACCUUCUUCCGACGGCGACAUUCCUUUCUUCCACGAGUACCCACCGGGGCCACCAACGGAUCAGACCGUCCAGUCAGCACCUUCCACUUCAACGCUGAAUGGCACGACGGCGAACCCCACGGCGACGCAACCGGCCAAGGGGACAAAGAAGGUUGCCAUUGUGAUCUCCGUUGGAAUUGUGGUGCUUGGCAUGCUCUCAGCGCUCGCCUUCUUCUUGUACAAGCACAGAGCGAAACACCCGACGGAGACGCAGAAGCUGGUUGGUGGUGGUGGUAAUUCUCAGAGGAACGUCCAUGAGGACUCGACGGCGGCGCAACCGUCGAGCUUCCUCUACAUUGGUACAGUCGAGCCAAUGCUAGCGUCGGCGACAUCGAAUGAGCAGAGAGAAUCAAGCAAGCCGAACAGGUCGCCUUAUCACAAGCUCAAUCCGAUGAAGCGAUCCGAUCGGUACCGUCCUAGUCCCGAGUUGCAGCCAAUGCCGCCGCUCAGGAAGCCUCCCGACGGAAACCACCCACCGCCGGCGAUGUCAUCGUCGUCGUCUUCCGACGAGGAAACCCACGACACGGCGUAUCAUUCGCCGCAGAACUCGUCGCUCAGUCACGAGGACGGGUUAUACACGCCGGCUUCUCGCCAGAGUUCUAAGGUAAACGGAAGCCCUGCUCCGCCGGCGGCGAUGAGAGAGGCUAAUUCCACGACGGCACUUCCCUUCUCCAAGAGAACCUCGCCUAAGUCCCGAAUUUCAGCUUCUUCGCCGGAUAUUAGACACGCCAUCAUACCAUCUAUAAAGCAGGCUCCACCUCCGCCGUCUCCGCCGCCGCAUGAACUACAAUUGACCACCGUAGCAGCUUCCAGACGGCCAAGAUUCUCAGCACCACCUCCACCUCCGAAUUUGGCGCAGCUUCAGUCAACAACCAACACUACUACUUUACACCUGUCCAGGACAUCACUCAAUCCCCCUCCUCCUCCUCCACCGCCACCACCACCUCCUCCACCGCCGCAUAAAACGUCCAGGACAAAAGGGUCUCCGGCGGUUGAAGUUUCACCUUCUUCUACAUCUAUAAUGCAGCAAUCUUGGUCACCAACUAGUCAAAGAGGUGCUUCUUCUGCUGGUAGUGUAACAAAAUUUUCACAGCAUGUUAACAGUGAUCAAAGUGUUAACUCUUCCGAGAGGCUUGAAGCCAAUGACACGGAUGAAACAAAACCCAAGUUGAAACCUCUGCAUUGGGAUAAAGUUCGUGCUACCUCAGACCGUGCUACAGUGUGGGACCAGUUAAAAUCAAGCUCGUUUCAAUUAAAUGAGGACAUGAUGGAGUCCUUGUUUGGCUGCAAAGCUACAAAUUCAGCCCCAAAACCAAAAGAAACAACUCCUAGAAAAUCAGUUUUCCCAUCUGUUGAUCAGGAGAACAGAGUUUUGGACCCUAAGAAGUCCCAAAACAUAGCUAUACUACUGAGAGCACUGAAUGUGACAAGAGAUGAGGUGUCUGAAGCUCUUUUAGAUGGGAAUCCUGAAGGUUUGGGUGCUGAGCUGUUGGAAACCCUAGUAAAGAUGGCUCCUACUAAAGAGGAAGAGAUAAAACUUAGAAACUACGAUGGCGAUCUCUCAAAACUUGGAACCGCUGAAAGAUUUCUUAAAGCUGUGCUUGAUAUACCAUUUGCAUUUAAAAGAGUUGAAGCUAUGCUAUACAGAGCGAACUUCGAUUCAGAAGUCAAUUACCUUAGGAAGUCUUUUCAAACCCUGGAGGCAGCAAGUGAAGAAUUAAGGAACAGCCGGCUAUUCUUCAAACUACUUGAAGCUGUUCUCAGGACAGGAAACAGAAUGAAUGUUGGCACUAAUAGAGGUGAUGCUAAAGCUUUCAAACUGGAAACCCUAUUAAAACUUGUAGAUAUAAAGGGAACAGAUGGAAAGACCACAUUACUUCACUUUGUGGUCCAAGAGAUCAUUAGAUCUGAAGGUGCAGGAGAUGAAUCUGCAAAUGGGAAUGUUCAGUACCGAAUGGAAUCCAAAUUCAAUGAGGACGAGUUUAAGAAGCAAGGAUUGCAGGUUGUGGCUGGGCUCAGUAGAGACCUUAUUAGUGUCAAAAAAUCAGCAGGAAUGGACUCAGAUGUCUUGAGAGGCUAUCUUUCAAAGCUCGAAACGGGGCUUGAAAAAGUGAGACUGGUUUUGCAAUAUGAGAAGCCAGAUAAGCAAGGCAAUUUCUUUAACUCCACUAAGCUAUUUCUGAAAUAUGCUGAGGAUGAAAUAGUGAGGCUUAAGGCUGAUGAGAGAAAGGCCUUAUUGCUUGUGAAAGAAGUUACAGAAUACUUUCAUGGGAAUGUAGCAAAGGAAGAAGCCCACCCUUUCAGAAUUUUUAUGAUUGUAAGAGACUUUCUAAAUAUUCUGGAUCUAGUGUGCAAAGAAGUUGGAAGAAUGCAUGAUAGAAUUGUUGGCGGUUCUUCCAGAUCCUUCCAAAUAGCUUCCAGUGCCUCUUUACCGGUUCUGAACAGGUAUAAUGCAAGACAAGAUGGGAGCUCGGAUGAGGAAAGCUCAUCCCCCUAGUAUUGUGAAUACACGAAAGACGCGAUAGUCUCUCCGAAUAACAGUGAAAGUAAAUUAAUGUUUUUUGCAAAUUUAAGUUGAAAUUGCCUGCAUUUCCAGGUUUAGAAUCCCAACUUUAAUAGGGAAGAAGGACAUCCUUCACUAAGAUCGAACAUCAAACACUAUGCAUGGAGGGGGAAAGAAAGUGCACACGCCAUUGAAAGCAUUUAUAUCAUCCUCAUUCAACUCCGUGCGAAGAAUAAAUGAAUUUCUAAAUGGGAGAUGCAGGAGAUGCAUCAUUUUGUUUCUUGGACACCAUACAUAUGCUUACAGUCAAAAUAGAUUUUAUUAGCUCAGAGUUCUACACAUUUUCGUAUUCUAGAAUGCUCUCAUGUAUUUUUUAAGACAAAUAUUGGUAAUAAAUAGCAGUUUUGCAGCAAUUGCUUUA